AUGGCGGCUCGGGUUCUUUCCCACCGCAGCAGCCGACCAGCGCGCAUUGACAAACCUUCGCGACCUGCGAGAAUACGCAGCUCCGCAGCAGACCCUCCAGAUCGAACGUACGCUCCGCAACCUACAAGUAGACGGGUGUGCUCUCCUCCUUCCGGUUUGAGGGUGUGCUCUCGACGGUUUGCAAGUCCCCGCCUUUCUUCCUUGCUCCCCUUCUUUCUCUCCCGCUUCCUCCCACCCAACCUUCUUCCGGUCCUUUCCCCCCGCCUCCUCUCCCCCGCCUCCUCGUUCCCGCCUCCUCGCCCCCGCCUCCUCUCCCCCGCCUCCUCCCCCCUGCCUCCUCUCCCCCGCCUCCUCGCCCCCGCCUCCUCUCUCUCGCUACCCCGUCUCCUCCUCGCUUCCUCCCCCCCCGUCUCCUCCUCGCUUCCUCCCCCCCCGUCUCCUCCUCGCUUCCUCCCCCCCCGUCUCCUCCUCGCUUCCUCCCCCCCCGUCUCCUCCUCGCUUCCUCCCCCCCCGUCUCCUCCUCGCUUCCUCCCCCCCCGUCUCCUCCUCGCUUCCUCCCCCCCCGUCUCCUCCUCGCUUCCUCCCCCCCCGUCUCCUCCUCGCUUCCUCCCCCCCGUCUCCUCCUCGCUUCCUCCCCCCCCGUCUCCUCCUCGCUUCCUCCCCCCCGUCUCCUCCUCGCUUCCUCCCCCCACGGCUUUCUCCUCAGCCGUGCUCAAUUACCGCGGGCUUGUGUGGCGCCUCCUCGACCAAUGGCAAUCGUCUGACCUAACGGCGAAAUCGUCGCCGUCCGCUUCUCUGUUCGCCGCGGGCAACGAGACGCGGGAGGGGUCUUCUGAGGCGUCUCAAGACUCGGGGAAUGCGAGGUGGGAUUCCUAUGAACCGUCUCAAGACUCUCAAGUCUCGGCUCGUACAACGUGGGAGACUCGGCGCGAUUCGAAAACGACGAGGGGGGAGUCAACGGGAGAGUCAACUGGAGAGUCAACUGGAGAGUCAACUGAGAGCGAACGCGCUGCGACGUCGGAUGUGGAGGGAGUGGGGUCGGUCCGUGCCGAAGCUGCUGCUGUUGGGAUGAGCCGUGGGUGGAGGAAAUGGAGGGGACACGUGGCGCGCGAGGAGAGGCCGAUGGGGCAGCGCCGGCAGAUGGGUGAGUCUCUUCGGGGCUACCUUGGCCAGGCUUGA